AUGCGACACCACCCAACUAGUUACCCUAUGGGCGACGGGAACUAUUCAGACUUUCAGUUGCCCGUUACCCGUGCCCGUGGUAGCACGGUAGAUUAUCAUAACAGUCUUCUCGAUCAGACUCGACAACACCGGAGGUCACAGACGCAACAAUAUCACACGAACCCGAAUCAUUCGCGUACUUCACUCAAGCAAUGUCGACUAUGGCUGCCUCUAUCGAAUCAUCACAAGGAAGCUGCAGGAACACCAGGCCCAAGAGCCCUGACACCAAAUCACCAUGAUUCCGGGAGAAGAAGUAGGAAGACGAAGCACGAGAAGGAGCAUCACUACAGUGAACUGUCGUUACAGCCACAUCCACAUCUCACGAGAAAGGAUAUCGAAGAAUUCGAAGCUCUGCCCGCUGCUAUCAGACGAAAAUAUUUCUCCACCUUGGAACGUUUGCGUCUCGCUCAGACCUCAGGCAUCUUGGACCACCCCAACGACGACGAUAACAACGACCUCUGUGCACAGCGUCAUAGAUUUCGAGGAGCAUCUUUCUCUGGGGCCGGUGCCGGUAAUCCGUUGGAACGUCCUAUUACCUCACCUUCUUGUCAUCAACACGCUUUCUCGGUCGAUUCUGCAUUCCUGGCCAAACUUCCCGCUAAGAUUAGAGAAAAGCACCUGACCAGAGAGGAGCAAAUUAUCGUCGCCAAACAAUUAAGGCCGAGCGUCAUAUUGGAUGCUGCCGACGAGGCUUUCUUGAAGAUUGGCCGCCGUGCGACCAGACGUCCCACCCCUCCACCAAAUCCCCCGACGCUUUCUUCGUCGGGACGACCCAGUAUGGAGUCUCUACAGAGCGAUUACGCUUCCCCCGAGGCGCAAGAUGCGCUUCAUGAUAGUUUCCGAUGGCUAGAAGAAGACGAAGACCUUGAUCUCACUCUCGGUCUGGACGACUAUCAUGUGAAUUUGAAGGAGUCAGCGACCAUGCCUCCCCAAGAGCAGCAAAGACCUCCCUCCUUCCGCCGACAUAUGUCCUUCUCCAAAAUCCCAUUCGGUCGCCCUUCGUUCUCUUCGAGCCGACCCGCAACCAAGGAUGCCACCACCCCUAUCACCAGUCCGAUUUUCCCAAGCCCAUCUACUUACUCAGAUAAUGGACGACGGAAAUCUAGGGCGCUAUCGCUUAUUACCCCGAGACAUGCUACUCAUGAGUCGCUUUCGUCAUUCGACCCAGGAGCAGCGCACUACCAGGAUCCCGAGGCUCGCCUAAAGCUACGAGUUUACCUGGCUUCGCCACAAAAGUUUGACGAAGCGAUCGAAUUUGGCUUCCCUUCCAAUGAUAGAGAUUUACCGAGCAGCAGGGACGAUUUUCGAGGACCGCUAUCUGCAGACUCGGAGAAGUUUAAGACAUUUCUAGAGGAUGACCAAUCAUCUACUUGCAGCGAGGACAUGUCGCUGCCGGACCCCGAGUCGCCCAGGACACCCAAUGAGCUGGAAAAAUAUACCAAACCUCUCCAAGUACCGCCCCCCGCCGAGGACUAUAAUCUGUCUAGGGCCCCAGAAGGUUACACGCAAGUGUCUGCGGCUUCCCGUGAAAUGACGUUGCGCAUGACACUUACGCGACCUGAUCUACGAGCAUGCGAUGACCAAAUUUAUGGAUGGCAACAAAAGAGGUCGCGGCACACCCCGGGCAGGCCGUCGCAAACGUUUGGAUACCGUGAAGAUACACCUAUAUCCACGGUGCACUCCAAAGAUGGUCAGAAGGAAAGCAUCGACAGGAUGUUUGCCGAAAUUGAUCAGGAGUUAGGACCACACAGCUCGACCGACAACAAUGUAAUGAAACGCAUCUGGAAUCGAGUACGGCGCAGUUAGACAUGGUGGACACGACCCAAGAAUGAGAAGCCGUCUCAUCGGAUGGACAUACAUAACCUUACUCUCACUACGAUAUCCCGACAUUCCGACGUUCGUUGC